AUGGCGCCGGGUGCACGGCUCUGGGGCUGCGAACAAAGGACCCCCGGGGGUGGCGGCGCGGGGAAGUCCGCCCUCCGACCCUGGUCGUGGCUCGGCCAGGUCCUGGCCCCUUCCCCGGGUGCAACGACCCCACGGAGCCUAAAAAUGAAGGGCGACCUACUCGGCGACCUGUUGGUCCGGCUUCUGCUCUUGCUGCCAUCGCCACUGUCGCCAAGGGACGGCGUGUGCGCCGCGCAUCCCCAGGCCCCGGGCUAUUUGAUUGCUGCUCCCUCUGUUUUCCACUCAGGAGUGGAGGAAGUCAUCAGUGUGACCAUCUUUAACUCCCCAAGGGAAGUCAUGGUCCAGGCUCAGCUGGUGGCCCAGGGUGAGGCAGUGGUGCAGAGCCAGGGAGCCAUCCUUGAUAAAGGAACAAUCAAACUCAAGGUGCCCACGGGCCUCCGUGGCCAGGCGCUCCUGAAGGUGUGGGGUCGCAGCCAGCAGGCAGAGGAGAGGCCCGUCUUCCACAACCAGACCUCAGUGACAGUGGAUGGCCGGGGCACCUCCGUGUUCAUCCAGACGGACAAGCCAGUGUACAGGCCCCAGGACCGAGUGCUUGUAAACAUCUUUGCCAUCUCCCCUGACCUGAGGCCCGUCAAUGAGAAGCUGGAAGCCCACAUCCUGGACCCUCAAGGCUCCCGGAUGAUGGAGUGGGGACACCUGAAGACGCUCUGCUGUGGCAUCACCAACUUGAGCUUCCCCUUGUCUGACCAGCCUGUGUUAGGAGAAUGGUUCAUUUUUGUUGAAAUGCAAGGCCACGUGUACAACAAGUCCUUCGAAGUUCAGAAGUAUGUGUUGCCCAAGUUUGAGCUGCAGAUUGAUCCACCCCGGUACAUCCGAGACCUCGAUGCCUGCGAGACAGGCACUGUGCAGGCCAGGUAUACCUUUGGGAAACCUGUGUCGGGGGCCUUAACCAUUAACAUGACUGUACAUGGCGUGGGCUACUACAGCCACGAGGUGGGGCACCCUGUCCUCAGAACCACAAAGAUUCUUGGCUCCCAAGACUUUGACAUCUGUGUGAAGGACAUGAUCCCAGCAGAUGUCCCUGAACACUUCCGGGGCAGGAUCAGCAUCUGGGUGAUGGUGACCAGUGUGGAUGGGAGCCAGCAGGUUGCAUUUGAUGACUCUACUCCUGUCCAGAGGCAGCUGGUGGACAUCCGCUACUCCAAGGACACAAGGAAGCAAUUCAAGCCAGGCCUGGCCUAUGUGGGGAAGGUGGAGCUUUCUUACCCAGAUGGCAGCCCUGCUGAGGGGGUGACAGUCCAGAUUAAGGCAGAGCUGACACCAAAGGACAACAUCUACACCAGUGAAUCUGUGUCCCAGGGUGGACUGGUGGGGUUUGAAAUUCCUUCUAUCCCCACAUCAGCCCAGCAUGUGUGGCUGGAGACCAAGGUGACAGCACUGAAUGGGAAGCCCGUAGGGGCCCAGUACCUGCCCAGCUACCUCUCCCUGGGCAGCUGGUACUCUCCCAGUCAGUGCUACCUGCAGCUACAGCCGCCUUCCCGCCCUCUGCAGGUGGGAGAGGAAGCCUAUUUUUCUGUAAAGUCCACAUGUCCCUGUAGCUUCACGCUGUACUAUGAGGUGGCUGCACGGGGCAACAUCGUGCUCUCAGGACAGCAGCCUGCCCACAUCACCCAGCAGCGGAGCAAGCGGGCAACUCCUGCCCUGGAGAAACUGAUUCGUUUAACACACCUUUCUGAGACAGAGCCCUCUCCAGCGCCAGCAGCUGAGGUCAACGUGUGCGUGACCUCUCUUCGGCUACCUGUGACCCCCAGCAUGGUCCCCCUUGGCCGACUGCUGGUCUUCUAUGUCCGGGAGAAUGGAGAAGGGGUUGCAGACAGCCUCCAGUUUGCAGUCGAGACCUUCUUUGAAAACCAGGUUUCAGUGACAUAUUCAGCCAAUGAGACCCAACCCGGGGAGGUUGUUGACCUGCACAUAAAGGCUGCAAGGGGCAGCUGUGCAUGCAUCGCUGCUGUCGAUAAGAGUGUCUACCUGCUCAGAUCUGGCUUUCGGCUGACCCCUGCCCAGGUUUUCCAGGAAUUGGAAGAUUACGAUGUUUCUGAUGCCUUUGGUGUGCCCAGGGAGGAUGGACCCUUCUGGUGGGCUGGGCUGACAGCCCGACGUCGCCGGCGCUCCUCAGUCUUCCUGUGGCCCUGGGGUGUCACCAAGGACUCCGGGUUUGCCUUUACUGAAAUGGGACUGGUGGUGAUGACUGACCGAGUGAGCCUGAACCACCGGCAGGACGGUGGCCUGUACACUGAUGAAGCUGUCCCUGCCUUCCAGCCACACACAGGGAGCCUCAUGGCAGCAGUUCCUUCCAGGUACCACCCCAGAGCAGAGAAGAAAAAAAGGACUUUCUUCCCCGAAACAUGGAUUUGGCAUUGUCUCAACAUCAGUGACCCAUCUGGUGAGGAGACUCUCAGUGUGCAGGUGCCUGACUCCAUCACAAGCUGGGUGGCUGAGGCUGUGGCCCUGUCCACCUCUCAGGGCCUGGGCAUUGCCGAGCCCACCCUACUGAAGACCUUCAAGCCCUUCUUCUUAGACUUCACGCUGCCCUCUCUCGUCAUCCGUGGGGAGCAGGUCAAGAUUCCGCUCACUGUCUACAACUACAUGGGCACCUGUGCCGAGGUGUACGUGAAGCUCUCGGUUCCCAAAGGCAUCCAGUUUGUUGGGCAUCCUGGCAAGCGCCAUCUGACCAAGAAGAUGUGUGUGGCCUCUGGGGAGGCUGAGCCCACCUGGGCCGUCCUGUCCUUCAGCGACCUGGGCCUCAGCAACAUCACAGCCAAAGCCCUUGCUUACGGAGACACGAGCUGCUGCCGAAAUGGGAGACCUGGCAAACACCCAGCGGAGAAUCACACUGACAGGAGGGUCCCCACUGGGAUAGAUCACGUCAGGCGCAGUGUGAUGGUUGAGCCUGAAGGAGUCCCCCGGGCGUACACAUACAGUGCUUUCUUCUGUCCCAACGAGAGAGUCCACAUCUCCACUCCGAACAAGUACGAGUUCCAGUAUGUGCAGCUGCCGCUGCGUCUCACCCAUUUUGACGUGUCCGUGCGAGCCCAUAAUGAUGCCCGUGUGGCCUUGUCUUCUGGGCCCCAGGACACAGUGGGCAUGAUUGAGAUCGUGCUGGGGGGGCACCAGAACACGAGGUCAUGGAUCUCCACCAGCAAGAUGGGCGAGCCUGUGGCCAGUGUGUACACAGCCAAGAUCCUCUCCUGGGAUGAAUUUAGAACGUUCUGGAUCAGCUGGCAUGGUGGGCUCAUUCAGGUGGGCCAUGGUCCAGAGCCAUCCAAUGAAUCUGUCAUUGUAGACUGGACCCUCCUGCGGCCACCAGAGGUCCAGUUCAUUGGUUUCUCCACUGGCUGGGGCUCUAUGGGUGAAUUCCGAAUCUGGAGGAAGAUGGAGGUAGACGAGAGCUACAGUGAGGCCUUCACUCUGGGGGUCCCACAUGGCGCCAUCCCUGGGUCUGAGCGGGCCACUGCCUCCAUCAUAGGCUACCAGCGGCAGCUGACAUACAGGCACCAGGAUGGCUCCUACAGCGCAUUCGGGGAGCGGGAUGCAUCGGGGAGCAUGUGGCUCACAGCCUUUGUCCUGAAGUCCUUUGCUCAGGCUCGCAGCUUCAUCUUCGUUGACCCUCGAGAGCUGGAGGCUGCCAAGGACUGGAUCAUCCGGCAUCAGCGGGAAGAUGGUUCCUUCCCAGCUGUGGGCAGGAUCCUGAAUAAGGACAUCCAGGGUGGGAUCCACGGCACAGUCCCAUUGACAGCCUACGUGGUGGCUGCUCUCCUGGAGACUGGCACAGCCUUGGAGGAGGACAGGGGCACUAUUGCCAAGGCAAGGCACUUUCUGGAGUCCAGCACACUUCUGGCCACAGACCCCUACAGCUGUGCUCUGACUGCCUAUGUACUGACCCUGCUUCACAGUCCAGCAGCCCCCGAGGCAUUGCGCAAGCUCCGCAGCUUGGCCAUCACGCACGAGGGAGUUACCCACUGGAGCCCAGCAAGUUCCCAGGACAUGGGCAAGGAUGCAUUUCUGAGCUUCAGUGAUGGGGUCUCUAAGUCAGUGCUGUCAGCUGAGGUGGAAAUGACAGCCUAUGCCCUUCUGACCUACACUCUCCUGGGUGAUGUGGCUGCUGCCCUGCCUAUAGUGAAGUGGCUGUCCCAGCAGCGGAAUGCACUUGGUGGCUUCUCCUCCACUCAGGACACCUGUGUGGCUCUUCAGGCCUUGGCUGAAUAUGCCAUCUUGUCCUAUGCUGGAGGCAUCAACCUCACUGUCUCCCUGGCCUCCACCAACCUGGACUAUCAGGAGACUUUUGAGCUGCACAGGACCAACCAGAAAGUUCUGCAGAUGGCAGCGAUUCCCAGCCUCCCCACAGGGCUGUUUGUGAGCGCCAGGGGGGACGGCUGCUGCCUGAUGCAGAUUGAUGUCACCUACAAUGUACCUGACCCAGUGGCCAAGCCAGCUUUCCAGGUGCUUGUUAAUCUCCAGGAGCCCAUGACUCAGGGGCACUCUCCACCUGUGCCUGCCUCCUCCUCUGCCAAGGGCCCCCGAAGCAAUCGGCGUCCAGCUGAUGAUGACGACCCAGCAGCGGACCAGCAUCACCAAGAAUAUAAGGUGACGCUGGAGGUGUGCACCAGGUGGCUACAUGUAGGGUCCUCCAACAUGGCUGUCCUUGAGGUGCCCCUGCUAUCAGGCUUUCGGGUGGACACUGAGAGUCUGGAGCAGCUGCUCCUUGACAAGCACACCGGGAUGAAGAGGUACGAGGUGGCUGGACGCAGAGUUCUCUUCUACUUUGAUGAGAUCCCCAGCCGGUGCCUGACAUGCGUGAGGUUCCAGGCACUCCGUGAGUAUGUGGUGGGCAGGACGUCAGCACUCCCUGUCUCUGUGUACGACUACUAUGAGCCUGCCUUCGAGGCUACACGCUUCUAUAACGUCAGCUCGCGAAGCCCGCUCGCCCGGGAGCUGUGCGCCGGACCUACCUGCAACGAGGUGGAGCGCGCCGCGGCCCGGGGUCCGGGCUGGGUCCCCGGCGAGCCCGGCCCCGCCGUGGCCCCUGAGGAUGGGGCGGCGAUCCCGCGAUGCGGCUGCGCACGCGACUGCGGUACCCACGGGGACCCGGUGUGCGGCUCCGACGGGACGGUCUAUGCCAGCGCCUGCCGCCUGCGGGAGGCCGCCUGCCGCGGGGCGGUGCACCUGGAGCCCGCGCCGCCUGGCAGCUGCGCUCUUGAGCAGCCGCUGCCUCCAGCCUCUGUGCCUUACACCUACCACGAUGAUCCAGGCCCUCUGAACUUGGGACACCUGCAGGCAGAUGUGAAGCUGAAUGGAGCCAGCCUUGAGGCAGUGGACUCAGACUCAGAGCUGGAAGGGGAGUUGGAGGACAGGUGA